AUGUCCCCAACUUCUACUCGGACUGCCAAAGGUCGGCCGAAGAAGGAGUACGUUUACUGCACGAACCAGGUCAUAACUUCAAAGUACACUGUUAUCACUUUCCUCCCUCGCAAUCUGCUAGAACACUUCUUCGCUUUCAUUGCUAUCCUUCAGUUUUUCCCUGAAUUUGCAACUAUCUCGCCUGGUCUCGUCAUUCUUCCUCUUCUCAUUGUCUUGGGCAUCACGGCCGUCAAGGAUGGCUAUGAGGAUAUCAAGCGUCACCAGUCAGACCGCCAAGUUAAUCAUUCCCGCGUGCGCGUCUUGAACGGCGGUGGGUGGACUAAUCCCAACUUCAUUGGAAGCAAGAGCCGCACGUUCGUCAGGGGCAUUGCUCCAAGGGUUCUCCCAAAACGUCACCGGGGCCGUAACGAGGAUGUUGAAACGACCAUAUCUGCCGAUGUAGAGCACGAUACGGACGCUGAGUUAGAUGAGGGGAUCUCACUACCGGACGGGAAACACCACCUCUUCAGUGGCGGCCACAAGGUUGCCCGUGCGCACUGGAAGAAGACGUUGUGGGAAGAUGUUCGUGUGGGUGACUUUAUCAAAAUCAUGAACAACGAACCUAUACCUGCGGACGUCUUGAUAUGCGCUACGUCAGAGGAGGAUAAUGUGGCUUAUGUUGAGACAAAGAAUCUCGACGGGGAAACAAACCUCAAGUCUCGGAAUGCUUCCCCAGGGCUUACUGAUUUACGCACAGCUGCCGACUGCGCCGACAAAUUCAACGCCUUUUCCAUCGAUUGCGAGCGUCCAGAUACCAAUAUGUACAGGCUAAAUGCAACGGUAUCCCGCAACGGUGACAGAUAUCCCAUUGACAUACAAAUGGUUCUUCUUCGUGGCACUGUUCUUCGAAAUACCGAUUGGGCAAUCGGUGUCGUUCUAUUUGCAGGAGAAGAUUCCAAGAUAGUCCGAAACUCGGGCGGCACUCCCAGUAAACGAAGCAGAGUGGAACGCCAAACCAAUCCACAAGUCUUCAUAAACCUUGCUAUCCUUGCCGCUAUGGCCGCAGUAUGCGGUAUUGCUGACUACAAGAUCGAGUCGCGACUAUAUCCCGAGGGCGCUCCUUGGCUUUACGGUGAUAAUACGUCUGGAGACAACCCCGGGAUUAAUGGCUUCUUUACGUGGGCGUUUGCAUUGAUCACUUUCCAGAACAUCGUGCCAAUAUCGCUGUACAUAUCUAUAGAGGGUGUAAAGACGUGUCAAGCGUUGUUCAUAUACUUCGACUAUGAAAUGUUCUAUAAGAAGACGGGGCAACCUACCCUGGCUAGGAGCUACAAUCUCUCCGAUGACCUUGGGCAGAUUGAGUACAUCUUCUCCGACAAAACUGGGACGCUUACAGAGAAUUCGAUGGUUUUCAGGGAGUGUUCCAUAGGGGGAGUCGUUUACUACGGUGACCACGAGAUGGAGUCAGAUGUUGAAGCGCAACACACGGGAGGUGAUGGUAAUGAUAGGGAGAGUCCUGUUUCACCGGCAGAUGUCAAGUUGUCUAGCGGUGUUCGCCAGCACUUUAAGGACAAUCAACUCUCGCAAGACCUUGCAAGUGCUGUCGAUGCAGAGCCUGGCUCCGACAACGCUGCGCACGCACGUUCACUUAAUGGCUUUUUCUCUGUUCUUGCGUUAUGCCACACUGUCCUGGCAGUUGUGGAUCCUCACACUGGAGCUAUCGAGUACAAGGCUCAAUCUCCCGACGAAGCUGCUCUCGUCCAAGCAGCGGCUGAUAUGGGCUUCGUCUUCCGCGGGCGAGACAAGGAGGUAUUGAAGCUCCAAACUCCCUUUUCGACUGAGGUUGAACGCUACGAGCUACUUAACAUCCUGGAAUUCACUAGCGUUCGUAAACGCAUGAGUGUUAUCGUGCGCAAAUUGGAUGAAGUGGAUUCUCGGCUGUUCUUGUUGACGAAGGGAGCCGACAGCGUCAUUUUUGAGAGACUAAAGGCGGGCGGGGAUGAGCUUAAACGAGCAACUGAACAACACCUGGAUGGUUUUGCAGGUGCAGGACUGCGCACUCUGACAUUGGCUUACAAAGUUAUACCAGAUGAUGAGUACGAGGCUUGGAACGAACGAUAUCAGCGUGCGGCCACUUCACUAGAAGAUCGUGAAGGCAACGUUGAGGCCGCUUGCAAUGAGAUUGAGCGGGAACUUCGUUUACUUGGUGCGACGGCAAUCGAGGACCGCCUUCAAGAUGGCGUUCCGGAAACAAUUGCUGACCUGAAGCUGGCUGGCAUAAAGAUAUGGGUGGCUACCGGAGACAAGCUAGAAACUGCUAUAGCUAUCGGUCAUAGUACAAAUCUCAUCGCUGAUGAUUCGAACAUCAUAGUCAUACGCGGUGGCGAUCAGGGACGAUCGGUCUUUGAACAGUUGGUUCAGGCUCUGGAAGACUUCUUCCCCGACAGCGAUGUGCUUAAAGGCGACUCCGUGCGUCUGGAAACAUCGCAGUAUCAAGAAUCCGAGACGCCUUACGCUAUGCGUCGUCUUAGUACAGGGGUGACGUCGCUUGUAGGCGAAGACAAUGGUCGACGACCAGGGGGCUACGUUCUUGUUAUUGAUGGCGCUGCACUAGGAAAUGCCCUCUCGGACGACCACCACAAAAAACUCCUACUGAGUCUCGGAACACAGUGCGAAGGGGUCAUAUGUUGUCGUGUAUCGCCACUCCAGAAAGCUCUUGUUGUCAAACUCGUAAAGGAUGGAUUGCAUGCAAUGACUCUGGCGAUUGGUGAUGGUGCCAACGACGUUAGCAUGAUACAGGCCGCUGAUGUUGGCUGUCUUCAAGCUGUCAACUCUUCAGAUUAUGCCAUUGCUCAGUUCCGGUUCCUGAAGCGGCUCCUCCUUGUCCAUGGACACUGGUCUUACGCCCGCAAUGGUUCAAUGAUCCUCAACUUUUUCUACAAGAAUAUAGUGUGCAUUGGGGUUCUCUGGUGGUUCCAGAUAUAUUGUGGAUGGAGCUCAGCAUACGCUUUCAACUAUACCUAUCCUCCUUUUCUGGAAUUCGUGUUGGGUAUCGGUUUGUUUGACCGCAUUGUUGAUGCUGACAUCCUUAUGGCAUUUCCGGAGCUCUACCGGUACGGCCGCGAGCGAACGUGGUUCACACUGAAAUCUUUCUGUGGGUAUAUGUUGGAUGGAGUCGUACAGUCCGUUCCGCUGUAUUUUUUGAUUACCUACGCGUACUUCACGACAACGGCUCGGAGUGAUGGCUAUGAUAUUGCCUUGUACGAGUACUCAACAACCAUGGUGUUCGCCAGUGUUACUGUAGCCUGCCUCUAUAGCGGCCUCAACACCAACGUAUGGACAGCAUGGGUUUUCGUUGCAGUCUUCAUAGGCAUAGUGCUAUUGUGGUUAUUCACUGUGGUAUAUAACUCGAUUAGUCCAGGCUGGUUCGUGACGGGCGUUUACGGAAACAACCACUUCCUCUUCAGGUCUGCAUACUUUUGGCUAUGUCUUCUCCUGACCGGCUACGCUCCAGGGGAUUUGGAGAUCUUGCGUUAUAUCAGGAAAAAGCAUCCUGAACUCGACAUUGCGAAGGCUUGUCGCCUGGGACCACACGACCAACACUCAAGGACCUCGUUGAGACUGAGGUCGUCUUCACGAAUGUCACGGCCGUUAUCAGUCGCGUCGAUCGUUGGCGGCACGCCCACAGAUCGUAGCGUAGACCACGCAUCUGCGGACCACUCAAGACCACAAGAUGUUCGUCGGGCGAGUCACACUGACAUGUCCACCGGUGUGCGCUCGGUACACCGUGGCUUCGACUUUGCAACAGAGGAAGGGGGUGUUGCCAUGCGUCGAAUACAGACCGACCUGUCAGAGCGCUGGCAGAGCAACCGCCAUUUACCCCUUGCGAAGGCACAACCACUGAAGAAGAAAGCAUCGAUACGCAUCUUCUCGUCCCUACGGCGAAAGAAACCCCCUACUCCCAAUAGAGAUUCAUAA